CAGACUAAAUGGUGGUAUUAAUAUCGGGUACUGGUGCAAUUGCCCCCGAAAGAUCCAAGUCCACAGCCAAAGCCACCACCAUGAAACUGAGAAUCAGAUGCUUGGAAACCAAAGAAACCCUAAAAAUCGACAUACCAUCUUCUUCUUGCACUGUUCAUGAACUGAAACAACGCAUCUCUCAAACAAUUCCAUCUUCAUCUUCAUCGAAUUCCAUUCAUCUUUCCCUCAACGGGAAGGACGACCUUUCGCCCUCUGAAGAGACGCUUCAAUCCUUUGGUAUUACCUCCGGUGAUCUUAUUUUCUUCACUUUCAAGCCAAAUGGGUUUCCAAUUUCAACUGAAACCCAUAUCCCCAAAUCUCAACCCAUCAAAUUGGACACCCAAAUUAUCCAAAAACUUGAGACAGUCAAAAAAUUGGAUACCCAAAUUAUCCAGGAACCUGAGACCGUAAAUUCGAUACUCGAGGGAGAGGAAGCAGAAGCGGAAGCGGAGGAGUUUAUGGAGGUCGAUUACAGUGACAUGACAGUUGAUGUGAAUUUGACCAAGUCGUUUUCUGUACCUGGAUUUUUAAGGAAAGUGUUCACAGAAGAGCUGAGUGAUGACGGCGGCCGUGACCAUAAGCUGUUGGUGGUUGCGCUUCACGCUGUUUUUCUAGAAUCUGGGUUUGUUCUCCUUGACCCUGUUUCCUUUACUCAACUUAGUGGGUCCCAGUUUUGGAAAUGUUAUUGGCCUUGGGGUGCUUCGCCUUCCCGAAUGACUCUGUUUUACACCCUGCCUGAGGCGUCUAUUCAUCAUACUGUUGAAUUGAAGUUUCAUUGUUUAGGGAAGUUUUUUAUUGCUCACGGGUCAUUGUCUGGUGGUGUUUUCACACGUAGAGUUACAUUGAAUGAGGAUCAGUUGGUUCCGUUCUUGAAUGUUGUGUGGGCUAAUUGUGGAUUACAUGAGGAAGUAAACAAUGGGGCUUUUCCUGAGAGGGAAGUGUUUCAGUUUUGGAGGAAUGUGAAGGAUGGGCUUGUGCUGCCAUUGCUGAUUGAUUUGUGUGACAAGUCUGGUUUGGAACUUCCACCAUGCUUUAUGCGACUUCCCACUGACCUUAAGUUGAAGAUUUUGGAGUUGCUUCCCGGUGUUGAGAUAGCCAAAGUGAGUUGUCUGAGCUCUGAAUUGCGAUAUUUGGCUUCGAGUGAUGAUCUGUGGAAGAAGAAGUAUGUGGAGCAGUUUGGUGAUGCCAACACGCCUGGAGGAGGGGAAGGGGGGCAUUGGAAAGACAAGUUUGUCAAGUCUUGGGAGAGUAGGAAGAGAAGGAAGAUGAUAAGCAGAAGAAGAGUGGUUGAUCCCCUGAGAUUUUUAGGGGGUCCUAAUCCAUUCCCAGGACCUUGGAGGCCACAUAUAAUUGGUGGAGAUUAUGAUCUAUUGCCUCCACAGUUUGAUAAUACCCCACCUUCUAGAUUGCUCUGUCCAUUGCGAAACCAUGUACCUCGUUGUCAUCUUGGAGGACAUAGGAGCAACUUCACUUGAUUAUGGCCUCUAUCGUCUGGAGUCUUAAGCAGAAAGCUGUAUAGUUUGUGUCUGUUAUAAGUAGUGUUAUAGGUUCUAAUUACAAGUUUUUGUUAAUCUGGUACAUCAGGGAGCUAUCUCUUUAUGUUUCUUUUGGAACUUUUGUCUUUUUGGUGUUUGAUGAAUGACUUUUAGACAGCUCUGUUAGUUCUAUUUCUUUUUUCUGUUUGUGGGAAACGUGAAUGAAUCGGGCAGAUUCGUUUGAUA